AUUUAUGGCGGGAAAUAAUGUAAACAAUCAAUCUCAGCCGUCUCAGCGUGUUUAUAUUUUCACUUUCUGAGUUUGUGUAUCAGAUCAGUUUAUCAAAGAGAGAAAAUGGAAGUAAAGCAGUCUGUGUCAGAAGUAAAUGGUGGUAGAGUAUGUGUAAGUUGCCACAAGGUGUGUAGUGAUGACAAAAAUAACUGGUGCUACACAUCAGCUACCGAGUGUUUAAGCUAUGAUGUCCUAGAAAAUGACCUUCACCAGGAUAAUAUUGUCUGUAAAACAUGUCAUUUAAACCUGUUGAAGAUGAAGACAUGGAGGCAGAAACAGCUUGAAGAUCAGUUGAGAGACAGCAAAUGUUCUGAUGAUAUGACAACAGCUGUAAAUAAUAAUUUUGAAAGCAAUCAUCAAAAUCCUGAUGUAGAAAACAGUGUUGCUGAAAAUCGUGACUUUAACGUAGUGAUGAACCAGGGACCAGUUGUAACAAGCAAUGACUUGAAUACUAGAGAAAAUGAGAGCACAUAUACACCGCCAAUAAAGUGUAAUUUGGAAAAUAAAGACUUCAUACAGACAACUAGUAAAGAAACAUUAAAUGCCGAGUUGAAAGAAUUCACCAAGUGUGCCUCGUUAACAUGUCCGGACAGAGAUACAAAACAGCUCUUGCGGAAUUUUCCAUUCCGUUUUUUUAAAGCGAAUAAAAAGAGUCAACGAAAAUUAAGAUCUUCUUUAGCAUUAGAAGAGGAUGGAAAAAAGUUAUGUGUGAAGUGUUACAAUAAGUUAUAUGGUAGACUGUUUUAUCUUAUGAAACGGAGUGGGAAAAAACCAGUAUCUGAUGAUAUGGAUAGUCAUACAGCACAUUCAAAGAAGACAAAAACUUCAGGUAAACAGAAAGCUGGAAAUGUUACUAAGAUAUAUGCAUGUGGAUGGUGCAAGUUUCGUUCAGAGAAAGUAGACUUGGUUGUGUUGCAUCAUUAUAAGGAGCACCAGAAUAGAGAGUUGGAUGUUGUACGUCUCAAAACACCUCGUGCAAGGUUAUCACCUGGUAUAGGAUUUAAGUGUGAGUCUUGCGACUUUUCUGGUCAACUUCGACAUCAACUACAUCUUCAUAACGACCAUUUCCAUAGAAACGCUGUAAAUCGUGACGGAAUAACAGAUUAUGAAUCGGAGAGUAGCUACAGCCCUGUUUAUCCAUACUACUUCUAUAAAAUAACAUUACCUAGCAACUACUUUCAAAUGCAGCAAAAGUACAAAUUGAGAGAUGUUAAGAUAGCUUGUAAAGAUAUUCUAAGAUCGGGGCUGGAUUAUUUGAUGGAGAGAGUUGAUCGUGAAGGUGUUUCUAAGUUAUGUGUUGACAGUCUGUCAGAGGAUGACUUUGUUUCCAUAGCAACAAAAUACAGAAAGAAUGUGAGUUAUCGGGAUUCAAGGGUAGAUAAUUAUGUUCCCGUGGACAUGGCUACACUAGAUUUGAAAGACAUAGGAACAAUCAUUAAAGGUUGAUUCAUAGUACAUAGCCCUACUGAAAGUAUAAAGGUACUCCUCAAGUUGGUUUGACUUGGCUUGUGUGGUCAGAAUUUUCUUGUUUGAUAUUGUUAAAACUUUUGUUAUAACAAGAAACCAUCAUGUAGGGAAGGCAUGGAAGAAAAAAAUUUGUUUAGUUAUACAUGUAGUUAACACAUCUGCAAGUUAAUAAUUUACAGAUAUUUUGUUAAACUUACAUGCAACUUACUUAAAUGUAUGCAUUGUCAACAAUGCAUAAUUUAUAAGUGAGUAUCUUAUUAGACUUAUAGUUAUUUCCUUGGAAAAUUUUAUACCAAUCAUUUUUAGCUUGACUGUUCAAAGAGUAAUGGGGCUAUCUUACCCAACUGUUCCAAUUUACUUGUAUAUUGUGGUGCACUUUUUUCAUUAAGAAAAUAUAUUUUAUUUCCAUUUAUUUCAUUCUGUAAAUAAAAUUUUGUUAACCAGGU